AUGUCGUCGUCACCGCACAAGGAUGAGGUGAAUUACGAGACCAAGGACGAGACCACGGUCACGUCGCCUCACGAUGAGGAGCAGGGCACGACCUCGGGCGAGGGCCAGCUCAAGCGCGAUCUCCGCGGUCGACACAUGCAGAUGAUUGCCAUUGGAGGUGCCAUCGGUGCUGGUCUGUUCGUCGGUUCUGGUAGUGCUCUUCACAAGGGAGGUCCCGCGUCGCUGGUAAUUGGCUAUCUCAUCAUCGGUGUCAUGUUGCUCUGCACCAACCUCGCCCUCGCAGAAAUGGCUGUUCUGUACCCCGUCAACGGUGCCUUUUACACCUACAUUGUCCGCUUCGUCGAUCCCUCUUGGGGUUUUGCUUGUGGUUGGGAAUACGCUCUGUCCUGGCUUACAGUUCUUCCCUUUGAGUUGAUCGCUGCAUCCAAGACAAUUGAGUUCUGGCGCACUGACAUCCACAUGGUUCGUAGAUUUCUCCUCUUGGUGAUCUGCCUUGGCGGCCUUGGCGAUUGCCCGGUCGUCUUGGCUGUUUGGGUCACUGUCUUCCUUGUCGCUCUCACCAUCGUUCAGAUCUUUGGUGUCCGUGGUUACGGAGAGGUCGAAUUUGUCCUGUCCGCCAUCAAGAUCUGCGCUUGUUUGGGAUUCAUCAUCCUCGGCAUCAUCAUCAACUGUGGUGGUGUCGGUGAUCAGGGCUACCUUGGCACCAAGUACUGGGACAACCCUGGUGCUUUCACCAACUUCAAGGGUUUCUGCGCUGUCUUUACCAUUGCUGCCUUUGCCUUCGGUGGUACUGAAAUGGUUGGUCUCGCCGCCGCUGAGACUGCUAACCCCCGCAAGUCUGUCCCCACUGCCUCCAAGCAGGUCUUUUGGCGUAUUGCUCUCUUCUACGUCAUCAACCUCUUCAUUGUCGGAAUUAUUCUCCGAUCUGAUGAUCCUCGUCUCCUCGGUGCCUCUGGCGCCAACACCAAGGCCUCGCCUUUCGUCCUCGCCAUCCAGGAUGCAGGCAUCAAGGUUCUGCCCUCCAUCUUCAACGCCGUCAUCACCAUCUCCGUCUUGUCCGUCGCCAACUCGUGUACCUUUGGCUCAACCCGCACCAUGCAGGCUAUGGCUACCCGUGGCCACGCUCCCAAGUUCCUCAACUACAUUGACAAGAAGGGACGUCCCCUCUGGUGUGUCCUUAUUCAGCUUGCUUUCGGUCUUCUGGCCUAUGUCGGAGAGGCCAAGAACGGAGGUACCGUCUUUGACUGGCUUCUGGCUUUGUCCGGUCUUGCUUUCCUCUUCGUCUGGGGCACCAUCUGCCUCGCUCACGCCCGUAUGCGAUCUGGUUUCAAGGCGCAGGGCAUCAACCUGGACCUUGUCCCUUACAAGACUCCCUUCGGUGUCUGGGGCAGCUACCUCGGCGUCUUCCUCAACGCCAUUGCUCUCAUUGCCACUUUCUACUCUUGUCUCUAUGCUCCUGACGGCUCUCCUCCCGAUGCUGAGGCUUUCUUCAUGGGUUUCCUCGCCGGUCCCAUCAUUCUCGUCCUGUAUCUCGGCUACAAGAUCUACUCUCGCGACUGGAAGUUGUACGUCAAGGCCAUUGAUAUGGAUCUCCAGACUGGCAUUGUCCUCCUCGACGAGCCCGAGCCCCAGACCCCCUGGUCAUGGAAGUCCGCGCCCAGACGCCUUCUCUCGGCUGUUAUCUAG